AUGGGCCGGUCAACGAUUCCUCCCGCGCUCAGCGAGCUCGCGAAUCCGAGCACGCCCGAGGCACAGCUCGCCGCGCUUCAGAAUCUGAAGAAUGAGAUUGUCGGACACGAGCAGAGGAAGGAACUGGCAGUGACACAUGGUGUUGUGAAACCACUGGCGGGCUUGCUACGGGCGGAAGCUAGGAAGGGUGGGAAGAGGAGGAGGAACGUCACCAAUGGACACAGCUCUGGGCUCUUCAAUGAGUCCAGAAAGAGCGUCGAGGAAUGGACGACCGAAGAUGAGUUGCGGUUCCAGGCUACGCUCGUCGCUGGUAGCCUUGCGAAUGGCGGACCAGCGUUCGUCGCUCCGCUUCUGACAGGCCACGUACUACCUCCCCUGCUUGAAGCGCUACGACCCAACGAGACGCCUGCGAAACUCGUUACCACGACCCUCAAAACCCUCAACCAGAUCGUCGAUGCAGUCAACCAAGAAAAGCCCUGGCUCGACCAUUCCGAAUCGUCCUCCCGAUCGUCUCUCGCCUUUACCGUCAACGAAUCGAUAUACACCAGGCCUGUCAUUGACAGCUUGGCCGAGAUACUCGCGCAACCGACAGGCACGAUGAAGGCCUACCAACAGAUUGACUCGACGAUCCGGCUCAUCACGAAGACGUGCGUAGAAGAUAAUCAGAAGAAGAUGCUAGUAGAUGCAGGAAUACUGGAUCUCCUCGCUGAUAAGCUUGCUGCUGUCGCUGCCAUGGACGAUCGUAUCCCCGCAACCGAGUGGAGGCAAUCCAACGGUCAGGCAACGACAACAGGAAGUGACGGCUCGAGCAGCGUUCAGAAAUCGGCUUUGACGCCGACAGAUCGGAUUCGUUUGUCAGACAUCAUGGAAGCAAUUUCGGUCAUCAUUAAGGACUCGCAUUACUAUACCGCACGCUUCCUGUAUUCACACUCAAUACAGCAGCUUUUUGGGUGGCCAAAGGAGCGGAAUGUAUCAGAUGGAAGUACACAAGCGGCAUCCUGGGAUAAGCUAAUACCACGGGUACAGACGAUGGCGAGCAAAUCAGAUCCGUACAUCAAACAAUGGCCGGCGCUUGGUGCCUAUGGCUCUGUCACCGGGGAUAACUACUCUCGACUACCGAGUAUGGACUCGCUGCAGCAGAACUCAAGUCGGAGUGUGAUCACUGACGAAUCCGAGUCACCGCUCUUCAUAUGGCUUAUAUACGUCGCCCGCCGCGGUGAAGGCAGAGAACGUCUAUCUGCUUGUGGGAUGUUAGCACUGUUGAAGAAAUUCGGCGAGCGCUGGCCUUUGAACGAUCCCUCCAAGACAUCACGAGAGCGCCACUUCUCGUAUCUCAUCAUUCCUCUCGUUGAGAAGAUGAUCGAAGAUUCAAGUCCGACAUCAGAGCAAGCGAAAAGAGCUAAUACUCUAAGCCCUGCUUCAAGAGAUGAGAUGCGAUUCGUGUUGGAACGCUCGCCAGUUGUGCUUGCUGAGCUGAUUGCGGGAAAUAAGACUCUUCAAACAGCAGCCGUUCAUAAUCGAACCCUGCCGACCCUUAUUCAGAUCCUCAAGAAGUCGUUCGAUGUGCCGGCUACAUCUUCAAAGCCUCUCUGGCAACCACGAUCGUCAUCUCACGAAGUGAAAGACCCAGAUAUUGACCCUGAAUCUUCCACACUGGGCAGACCUGGACUAAGCGCCGAUGUAUUGCACGCGUUCAGGUAUCGAGAGAGUGUGCUGCUGGCUCUGGCGGCGAUAGCAGGAGACCAAGAUGCGUUGAGAAAGAUGGUCAUUGAGAUGGGCGCUGCAACGCACAUUAUCGAAGCCUUGGUUCCUUACCGUGAAAGCAACGAGCAGGGCGCGUCUUCUUCCGCGAAGGACGGCAACCCAGAUUCGGUGCUCAUUGCUGCGUGUAAAGUCAUACGGUCGCUUUCCAGGUCUGUCAGUGUGCUGAGGACCAGCUUGAUCGAUCACGGAGUUGCACAGCCGAUAUUCGAGCUCUUAACGCAUCCGAACGUCAAAGUGCAGAUUGCUGCUACGGAGGUCAUCACCAACUUGGUGCUUGAUGUGUCACCUAUGCGAACUGAGAUCGUCGAGUCUGGAGUACUGGGAACGCUCUGCGAACAAUGUAGAUCCGCAAACUUCGACCUUCGUUUCGGUAGCCUUUGGGCGCUCAAGCACUUGUGCCUAGGCUUACCACAUGCCAUGAAGAUACAAUGCCUUGAGGAGCUCGGUGUUGGCUGGCUCGUACAAGUACUCAAUGGAGAACCAUCCAAGCCAGCUAUGGGCACACCCAACGCAGCAGGAGAGCAAGUCGAUAUUCUCAAUGCGGUUGACGAGCCCCAUAUGGAUGUGGACGAAGAGCCGUCAUCCGAAGAGGACGAUGACGCCAUGACCGAAAGUAUACCGUCUAUGCGACGGCAUCAACGUCCUGGUUCACGGUAUACAAGUGCAACUAACAUUCGAGAUCGGUUACAACAGAUCAAGAACGACGAACAGGACAACCGGCUUAACGGCGAGCGCGACGAUAUCCGUAUACAAGAACAAGCGUUGGACUUCAUCCGGAACUUUGUUUCAGAAGACAAAGCUUCCGGUGAGAUGAUCGACCACCUGCUCAAGACCUUUGGCCACAGUCGGUUCUUCGAAAUUCUCGACGCUAAGAUCCGGCCGAAGACGAUGUCACAAGCUCAACCCAGUGCUACAGCCCCAAGCUACUGGCCAAGCACUAGCCACCGCACACCCUUUUCCUCUUCCACAAACACCCCGGCACAGCCAAAUUGGGCGACCUAUCCCGCCCCCGAACUCAUUCUGGCCGCAGUGUAUAUUCUUGUCCAUCUCGCCAAUGGUCGGCCUCAGCACCGCUCUCUUCUCAUCUCGCAGACCACUCUCAUGCAGCAUGUUCUUCAGCUUUUUGCUCACCCUCGUCGCGACAUCCGCGUCGCAUUGUCCUGGAUGCUGCAUAAUCUGGUGUGGAUAGAAGAUCAUACCGAUGAAGCCGCUACGCGUGAACGUGCCAUCACCCUUCGCCAACUGGGCUUCGAGGAAGGCGCUAAGCAGCUGGGUCGCGAUGCAGACAACGACGUACAGCAACGUGCAAUAGUAAGUAUUGAGCAGUUCGACAAGCUACUCAACGGUGGUAGUGGUAAUCGUCGGAGCGGUGGCUUUGGUAGCCCUGGAGGUUUCGGUGGUGGAGACAGCGGCGGUGGCCUUUUAAGCGGGCGUUUGAGCGGCGGGAUGCAUGGCUGGAGACAUGAUAGGGGUUAA